AGAGAGAGAAAAGGAGAGAGAAAGAUAUAAACAAAGAUAACCAACCGGUCACGAUAGCCGUAAACCAUGGUUGCUGGCAGUCGGAUUACCCAAAGGCAUUCCAUAGCGAUGUAUCAUCUAUUAAUGUUUUCCGCUGUGUUGAUUUACAAUGUCAACCCAUCUAGUGGAGCGACCGGUGGUCGUGCUCCCGAGCGUGUCUUCUUCGAUGUCGAGGACGACGUCGGGUCCUUGGGGGAUGCUCAUGAGAGGAGACAUAGGGAUGCUGUCGCGAACCGCUGCCACAGUAGCGAAAAACUCCAACGGGAGGAUCACUCUCGCUACCCCCGCCACGCCCGGGGGAUGGACACCGGCGCCGCCCCUCAAUACGAAGAAGGCGGGGGUUUGGGUAGAGCGCUUUACUUCACCGCAGAAUCGGAUCUGCUCCUCUAUAAGAGGAUCAGUGAUGCUGGCUUCACGUUUCCAAGGCAACGCUUCACGAUGGAGCUGUGGGUAAAACCAGAAGGGGGACAGUCCAGCCCCGCUGUUAUUGCAGAACUUUCGGAUAAAUGCAAAGCAUCCAAUAUUGUCUGGGGAUGGUCUCUGUACAUUGAUGUUCCUUCUCCGUGGAACAUGGGUGGAGCCGAGUUUAAAUUUAGCCUCCAGACUGAUCGUUCCAUCGAAAACACCACCGUCAGAUCUCACCGACCCUAUCAGCCCAACACGUGGGUGCACGUCACUGUGUCUUAUGACGGCUGGAUGAUGAGGCUAUACCUGGAUGGCGCCAUGGUUGGUGCUGCCAUUGGACAGCGGGGUGACGUUUUCAGCAUGGCGUCACAGCGAUGUAAAGAUUUCAGCCUCGGAGGGAGCCGAGUGCACUGGGCGCCGUUUCGGGGAGCAAUCGGACAUCUUCGGAUUUCGGACGAGAUAAGAUCGCACCCAGACAUCAAAACGUCUGCAUCGCUUCUCGGAACAGACGCAGGACCUGGGUUCGUCAUCUCCGAAGACUUUGAUUCAGAACUCGUCAACUGGAGUCCAAGCGAGAUGAGGGAACCGGAGACAGUGGUCUCUGAUAUACAGAGGCAUCCAUCUUACCCUCACGUGACCGCCCCGAAGUGUGGUGUCACCGUUUGUGAUAACCCCGAAAUUGCGCGAAGCUACAUCAACAACCCGCAACUUCGAAGCCCGGUGAUCCUCCGAUUCCGUCCGAUCGUGUUAGCCGAAGACGACGGCUCCAAUCCGACAGUCAGUUCGGCUGAUCUUCUGAUGCAGCAUCGGCUUCUGUCUGCGGCAUACGGGGCCCAUAACAUUACGUGGCGUGACGUCGGGAUAACGGUAGUGAGGAAUUCGUCGUUACGCAGUCGGCUCGUCAUAGCGGGAUGCGACAAUAAGAUUGGUAACAGAAGAUGCGACUUGGGCUGCAACUAUCACAUUACAGGUUAUGACGGUGGCGAUUGUGACGAGGUGCAAACCGAAUGUCCUGAUGAUCUGAAAGGUGACGGAGUGUGCCAACCUGAAUGUAACAAGGCAUACCACGACUGGGAUGAGGGGGACUGUUGUACCCCUAUUAACACCACGUAUUCACCCUCCUGUGCCGACCCCACCUCGCCGUACAGGUCCUACAUUUCUGCAGAAGAGCUCAAAGCAGUCGUUCAUCUCAACAACUCUGACGCCCUCAAUGUCUUCUUUGUGGACUUCGUCGACGUUGACAUCGAAGGGUUUGCGACGAUGCCGUGGGAGGUCACCGCUCAUUCGGUCAAAGGCGGCGUCGUCAUCCAAGGCGGUGAUCGUCUUACCAACAACUCUCUCAUCCACGAGAUGGGCCACGCGCUCGGCUUGCUCCACGUUCACCACGGCGUCUCGGAGAUGAGCUGCACCGACGAGUGCUACGAGCUCGCCGCCUCACUGGAGAGCGGCGAUCUCGUCGAGGACACCAACCCGACGCCGACAAACCAUCACUGUCGAGAUCCUACUUCGGCGGAGAGUCGAGAUGGGACGUGCGGAGACGACGAACAAUGGAGGGCGUUUAUUGAUACACCAUUUAGGAAUUACAUGAGCUAUUCAGAUUCCUCAUGUACCAGUCACUUCACCCCUCAGCAGGCUGCCCGCAUGCACUGCUACAUCGACCUGAUGUACCCCUCCUGGGACCCCUCCCCAACCCCCGGCACCGUACCCCUCCCUCCCAGGGUCAUGGAGGAGGGUCCAGAGGGCGGGGUGACGAUCGCCUGGUUGCCGCCCUUAAGCGGAUACCAUGGCGAGAACGAGUCACGAUGCUCCGAGUGCACGGCGGAGAACGCCUUCGUCCAGUACGCGUCCAGGGCGACGUCCGCUAAGAAAGGGAGGUUGACGCAAGCGACAGGCCCACCUGAUGCAAAGCAAUGUGAUGUAAACCAGCAAGGCUGGAUGGCGUUCACGUCGGGUAGCGCUGUUUGCAGCGAUUGCCACCUCGAUCUCGAGUUCGAGCACCGUGUCGUUCCAGCUCGACUCUCCAUCUGGGUCAGCUAUGUCCACCGCUCUCGUGACGCAAUCCGUGACGUCAUACUUCGGUAUGAUGACAAUACCCAAGAAUCGCUCGGCCCCGUCUCCGUCGACUGCGACAUCCCUUUCACGUCCCGGCUCUUCACCGACAAACGCCUGGUCGGCAUCACGAUCGAUGUCAGCGGCUUAUACACCAUCAUCGACGCCGUCCAGGUCGUCUCCGCCCCGCACGCACCCGCCUGCCAAGCGUGCACGCCCCAUCGCUAUCGUGUCAUUAGGGACCCUCCCUUCGAAAGCGACGAUGACGUUGAUGAUUUUGUUGAGAACACGUGGUUCGAAGACAGAUGGAUAGCAGAUGAAGUUGACUAUUCGUACCGGAUCCAUGCCAUAUCAGGAGCCUUGAGCGGUCUCCCGUCACCACCGGCUAGGUACCAGAGAGGAGAGCCGUUCUGCGGCAAUGGAAGAACAGAGAGGUUUCCGGAUAGUAGCGAGGAAUGUGAUGAUGGCAACCAUAUUGAUGGUGAUGGUUGCGACAAACUCUGCCAUCUGGAAAGGCAUUUCAUUUGUGAAGGUGAACCAAGCCGAUGUCGUCGCUACCUCGGAGACGGCGUGUGCGAGGAGUUCGAGCGGACCACCAGUGAGUUAGAUUGUGGGUUCCAUACCCCUCUCGGGUACACGGACCAGUGGGCUACUAGCGCCAAAGCUAACCCGAUUUACCAGACUCCCGAUUGCCCCGUGACACCACUACUCGGGCAACCAAGAGAAGGCAGGCUUCAGAAUAUUGCCGGUAGUUGGGAAGGACCUCCGAUUAUGUGUAAGGCGGUGGAUUGUGGGAUGCCUCAGCUCGACCCUAGUCUGGCUACGGCCGCCUGCCCGACUGGGACACGGUAUGGUAGCGAAUGCACCUUUAAAUGCAUUCCGCCUGCAAAAUUACAAGGCACGGAUAACACCCUACGAUGUGAGGAAGACGGCUUAUUCUCGCUCGCCCAGUCGUUUUGUCAGGUAUUGUGUGAUGCCCCUCCCACCCCGCCCCACGCCAUGCUGCAGAGUCAAGACUGCAGAAGCGACGGCCACAAUGUCGGUAGCACCUGUAAAUUCAGGUGCAAGGCUGGAUUCACGUCUGUCUAUAAGAAGGGCCGACCAUCACGGGUUGCUCGCUACCAGUGCAGCGAGAAUGCGACGUGGAUUGGGCACGGAUGUGAACAGGUGACCUGCCCGCCACUUAGCCUGCUCCACUACGGACUCUUCAACUGCACCAACGAUUUCAACUACAAGAGCCAAUGUACACUGUACUGCCCCGGUGAAAAUGUGGUUCCGAGCACCAUAACCUGCACCAAAGACGGUGAGUGGGACCAAGAGUUCACCCCGUGUGAUCCAUCGAUCACCUGCCCUGAACCACUACCACCCUCUGAUGUCAUCGUUGACUGUCCACAAGGGCACGGCGCAGGGGCUAUCUGCAAGGCUAAAUGUCGUUUGGGUCGGUCAUACCAGAUUGCCCUGGAGGGUGCUACCUACAGAGAGCGGGGGCUGCUGGGAAGGCAUGAGGUCAUCCUGUGCACUGCAGGGGGUGUCUGGUACCCCAACCUAGACCAGAUAGUAUGCCAUGAAAAGUGCUUGGAGUAUUUCAUCGGUGAUGACGAAUGCGAGUGGAGGAACAACAGAGCCUACUGUCUUUGGGAUAGCGGGGCUUGUUGCCCCUCUACAGCCCCGACAGGCGAGGUCAUCACCUUCCCUGAAAACUGCGGCGAGGGGUGCGAGUGCCGCGAUCCUGACGCCAUCGAGAACGUACGCCAGAGGAACGGGUGGGUGCGACAGCUGAACCGACCACCACCCUAG